GUCAAUUUGAGAGAGCACGUACACAAUUAUACCAUACCUGACAAAGAGCAGCAUGGACUCAAAGACAAAGCUCAGACCAGCUUUGGAAAUUAUAAUCUUCUGGACUGCUUUACUACUCUCUAAAGAUCACAAAAGAGCAGCAUCAUUUGCCUAUCAUAACACAUCUGUGGGCAAACAGGUCACUCUACAGUGUAACUCUACACAUAUUCAGAAUAUAACACAAAUAACUUGGAAGAAAGAUUUUGGAAACAAGACAUUUCUUGUGAGCUGCCGAUCAAACUGCACUUAUGGAGCCAAUGUGACAGAAAGAAUAAGAGCCGACCCUGCAGACCCAGCAAAGCUUCAGAUUAUCAAUGUGCAGCUGUCCGAUGAGGGGGGCUAUGCUUGUGAAGUAACAUCAUCUCAGGGCAGCUUCAAAGCAACAUGGCAUCUUGUUGUAAAAGAAAACAAUGACCUGGCAAAUAACAAUGCAAAUCAAAAGUAUAUUGUUUUGUAUACACCCCUGGCUGCAAUAGCAAUUUUUUCUGUAUUUUUGGUCAUCUAUGCAAGAAAAGUUUUAAAAGUAUCACAAACAAGUCACAAAAAUAAGGAGAAUGACUGCAGCAGCAACACAAGACAAGAGAACAGCAGUUUUAUUGAAAGAACCAACUCUUUAUAUGAAGGAAUAAUAACAGCUAAAGAAUGUCACAACUCAGGUGCUUCAAAUGCAUGAAGUGAAGAACAUUUAUUGGGAAAACUCUCUUGUUUCUGAUUUAGUAAGCUGCAUGCUCAUUUUAUCUGACCUUCAGCAUGAUAAUUAUCACACAGUAAGAAAUGAUUCAUAGAAAAAAAAUACCUUGCAGUUAUAAAUAUUUUUUAUAAUUAGCUUUGACAAUGCUAGGGCCCAGGCAGCUAAAAUCUUCAGCCUGGUGAGAAUGGGAUUUGAAGCGUACAGCACUUGCAUGACUCACACAGCACUGUUUUUACUAAGUAACUGCAGACCCCAGAGUCAACUUCCUCAAGUCAAGUUUGUUUGUCUGUUUUUUGUUUUCAUUUCUAUUUUGUAUGCCUUUGGUUUAUUAAAAUAUAAUGCUUUAUUUUAAAAUAAUUUGGACUGCUGUGUAUCAAAACAUAAACCUAUAUUGUUACACUGUCUAUGCUAGAGACAAGUCUAACAGCAGAAAUAUCUGAAAGAUCCCUUCAGACUCUCUUAAUAGUGGGAGCAAACUAAUUAGCUGUGCAUCCACCCCUGUAGAAAUAAAGCUUUUUCCACCUGGGUGAAAAGUGAAAAGAAAAUAAGGAUGUUUAUUCUUAAAAAUAAAUGAUCAGCUGAUGUUUGUUCAGCUGUGGUCAGUAUCA